CCUGCGUGUGCGCGCGUGUGCGCUCGCGUGGCCUCUGAACCUGGGCCGCCUCCAGCCAGUUUGCGGACUGGGUCGAGUCUUGCUUUCGCUUGUGCGUGGCUUCCUCUGCAACUCGAGCCUAACUACCCGCUCUUUGUCGUCAUGCCGGCGGACGUCAGCAAGUGGACCGGGCCCUUGAGCCUGCAGGAAGUGGAGGAGCAGCCCCAGCACCCACUGCGGGUCGCUUACGGCGGGGUGGAGGUGGACGAGCUGGGCAAAGUGCUGACGCCCACCCAGGUUAAGAAUAGACCCACCAGCAUUUCCUGGGAUGGUCUGGAUCCAGGUAAACUCUACACCUUAGUCCUGACGGACCCGGAUGCUCCCAGCAGGCAGUCUCCCAAAUUCAGGGAAUGGCACCAUUUUCUGGUGGUCAACAUGAAGGGCAACGACAUCAGCAGUGGCACAGUCCUCUCUGAUUAUGUGGGCUCCGGGCCUCCCAGUGGCACAGGCCUGCACCGCUACGUGUGGCUGGUCUACGAGCAGGACAAACCGCUGAAGUGUGAUGAGCCCAUCCUCAGCAACCGAUCUGGGGACCACCGCGGCAAGUUCAAGGUGGCAGACUUCCGAAAGAAAUACCAGCUCGGGGCCCCGGUGGCCGGCAUGUGUUACCAGGCUGAGUGGGAUGACUACGUGCCCAAACUGUACGAGCAGCUGUCUGGGAAGUAGGGGAAACUCCACAAGGUUUUAUGGUCCUGGAGAUGCCACUCAGUGUUCUUGAGUUCUGUUCAGUGUUGCAUGUAGUUUUCUCCCUUGUCCCACUCCCUUUGCCCAAGUGAGACCUAGUCUGUCCCAUAGUGCUUUAGGAUGACUUUUCCUGCUGCCUGUCCUUUGGGAUUCUAGACAGUCACACAUCCCAGUUUAUGUUUGGGUCAAAUUUGAACUCUGUUUUGGGGGAUAUUUUGGUACUACGAUGGGAUCAUUGCAUUGUUAAUAAAGGCAGAGCACCCCAAGGUUUAAGGGGAAAAAAAAGACCAAGUAUACAGGCACAAAGCAAAUUAUCAAAGAAUCUGUAAAGGAAGCUAAAAAAGAUGGGUUGUCUCUGCCUUCACGAGUCUUGAGUCCAGACUUGUGCACGAGGCACCUUCUGAGAUGAGUUUUCACAGUGUGGGAAGACCAGAGGCUCCCAUCUUGGGUAAACCAGGACAGGCUGUUACAUUUCUGGUGGCUUAGAUGAUGUCAGGGUCCUGCUCUGGGUCCUUUAAAGGGCGCAGCUGGAAACAGUGGUAGGAGGGAUGGCCUUGCUCUUUUUGAGGCCUGGCCGUCUAGUCUAGCAGUGGGUUGGGGUGACACGUUGUCAGGAUCCUUAAAAUUAGUGUCUGCUAAGUUGGUCCCUUGUCAUUGGUUUAAGAAAAGCUGGGCUAGAGUUGCUUCCUGUUGUGUUAAUUCUGUUGUUUGCUUAUCGUUGAAUAAAAGUGAAAACACUGGACAAUCUU